UAGGCCGAGUUACUACUAACAAUAGUAUUUCCGCAGACCCGUCAUUAAAUAACGGAAAUUUUUUUUAUGUAGCCCGUUUGCACACGCUUUACAGAUCAUGCAUAAUAGUCACCAAACAAAUGCAGUCGGAUUAGAAGAUCUAACGUUUUCUACAUCAAAAUGCCUACCACACUGCCGAUGAAUAUUACCACUUAUACGUUUAUCGUAAUAUAGUUAGGCUCAGAAACAUUUUCAAGGCAUAGGAAGACCGUCCUUUUCUCCUAAUGUCAUCUAAAUUUACCCAGAAUGCAAUGUUGACUUUUUUUCGAUCAGAGUUCAAACCAUAAUGUCACACUUCUUCCACAUAAAGAAGAAGUCAAUUAUUAUUUCCAUUUUUUUGGUUAAAUUUUUAACUAUAGUUCGUUGAAUGUACAAGAUUCCAUCAGAGAGAGGCCAUAAAAGUACAAGCACUUUACGCACCAGCGCGUGCGUGAAGCGAUUCACUGUGAAACUGCAGUUUAGCAAGUUCAGGCCAAAAAAUAUGGUUGAAUCUGCACACACAAAGCCUCGGAGAUCAAUGAUUGCAAUUUGCUUUGGCAUCUUCCUUUCCUUUACGAUGAGUAGUAUGCUGAGCUGAGAACGCAAAUCUCAGGCAUAUGUUAAACUGUAAUCUCUUCUCUAAUUACCUUAAUCUUGUUAAAAAAUGUAACGCUUUAUCGAAUAACUGACCACUGAUGGUUGGAUCAAACGGUGAAGAAACUAAUUGCUUUUCGCAGUAGGAGGUUUAUUGCUUGUCACUCAAAACCUAGCGUCCUUAACAACGCCGGCGUCAUGUGGUUUGCAAAAGAAAGUCGUAUGCAGGUCCUCAUGGAGUCAUCUUUUCAUUAUAUGUUUUUUAUCGAUCAUUAAAGUAACGAUCGUUUUUUUCCUACUUUUUAGCAUUCUCUUGCACAUGUAAUGGGUGUAACUUGCACAACAACUUAUACAAUGUUCUUUGCUUUGAAGAAACUGUUUACUCCAUAAGGCGAACAUCAAUCGACUGGUUUCAGCAGCAAUUUUCAACGCAACUCAACUCGAACUACGCUAUGAACAUUUCAGAGGAUAUAAAAGGCCAAACGUCUAGUAACUUUGGAACUUCAUUCAAUCUCUCUAGUCCUUCAUUUGAUUGGCAGGAAGCAGACUUCAUCGCUUACGCCACAAUCAUGAUUAUGAUCCUCACGCUUGGCUGCCUUGGUAACCUGUUGAUAAUAAUUGUCCUUUGUAAACCUUCGAAUCUGAGGGAGACCCUGACACCUCUCAUGUUAAACCUCGCAGUGGGCGAUCUAUUCGUCACCGUGUUUGGAUAUCCGACCCUGAUGGGCGACAUCUUAACAGGUGGGGACAUUCAAGCGGGUACAGGCCGGUGCAACUGGUAUGGAUUUGUGAAUGGUGCCGUAGGGAUAGCGUCUAUUGUCACUUUCACUGAAAUGAGCCUGGUCUUAAGUUACAGUAUGCACCAAAUGAAUCCGAGAUUUAAACUCUCCCGGAAGACCAUCUUCCGUCUUAUUGGAGCUUCUUGGCUUUAUGGCGUGGGAUCGAUGUCGCCUCCCCUGUUUGGCUGGAACCGUUUUGUGCCAGGUGCUUCUAAGAUAAGCUGCGCCCCUGAUUGGACCGAUGUUACUCCAGCUGGCAUGGCAUACAGUAUAUUUCUUAUAACUGCUGGAUUUGUCUUGCCUAUCUUAGCUAUUUCCGUUUCUUGCUUUAAGAUUUUUAGGUAAGUAAAGUUUUGUAGUUUUGUAUUCUCCUUUAAAAGCUUUACCUAGGGGAUUAUUGCUACCUAAAAGCGAUAAACAUCAGUAAUUUUUCUGUCAUUGGCUAAGUGAAACAUAAAUUUCAACCGCAAUUUAAGAAGAGGACGCUUUGAGGGCUUUCACAGAGCGAAUAUGGAUUUUCACAGUCAAAGCCCAGCUUGCACAUUUCGACCUCGGCUGAUAAAGCAAAAUUUAUUGCCUUGCCAUUCACGUUCGUAAGGGAACUUAAACUUUGGUCAUUUCACUUAGUCGUAGUUGCGCAGGAGGUUACAAAGAAGUUGACAGAAAAUCGUGAUGCUCGUGCAAAGUUUUUGGUUUGCUUAUUAAUCCUGUUGACGUUCUCGUUGCCUUCGCCGUCGUGGCUUUGUAAGGUCCUAUAAUGUUCGUAGACCGUAUUGCCUCUUGUCGGACGGGUGUGGCUAGAGGUGGCUUUUUUUACCGCCUCUCCUGGUUAAAUGUUCCUCAAUAUUAGCUAAAAGUCAAAUUUUUCUCUUACUAUCUCUUUGUACCAUACCACUCCUGAUCAUAAGAGAGAUAAACUAAACUCAAGAUCUAGAUCCACUUCGUUUUCUUGUUUUGUUUUCUAACCAGGCUUCUUCGACAAGACAUCGUUAAGGAUAAUGACCGUAUCAAACUGAGGCGAAGACGAUGGCAAUUGAACCUUUUGCGUCUGACGGCAACAGCAUUAGCUGCCUUCAUACUCAGCUGGUCGCCAUAUUGUUUUGUCAGUGUAAUCAGCAUUUUUAGAGGGAACAAUCUUCUUUCUCCUGGAGAAGCAGAAAUCCCUGCACUGAUGGCCAAAGCAUCAGUCAUUUAUAACCCCUUUGUGUACACUGUCUUGAAUAAACGUUUUCGAAUGACGCUAUCGCGUUUAUGUUGUAAAAAGGUCAAAUUCUUCAGCAAAUAUAAUAGGUCAAGUUAUAGACCAGAGGUUGUUUUCAGUUCACGCCACCCUGGUCGGCCUAGUUUAACGAAGUUUGCAUCUACAUUUACAUUGACCAGCCGAUAAAGUCAAACAUUUUGCAAAGGAACGUUGAAACAGCUGAAUAAUGGAAGUUUCGAUCUUGCUACUUAACUUAUCAAGAAGCAGUGUAUGUUAUAAACCCGCCACUAUGAUGGGUCCUCUUCAUAAUCGGUAAACCAGAAAGAGAGAUUUCCCCUAGCUGGUCUUUUCCGAUGAAACUAUUUGCCCUUGAGUCUUAAGAUGUCCCAAGACUAGCAUGAAUUUACAUGUGAAUGAUUAUUCAUAUUAUACAGAGAUAUCACCGUUACGUUAAAGCAAUGGUGGUGGAACCAAGGCUCCCAUCCUAAAGUAAUUGCUGUUAAAAAGUGA